UCGUCGGAGGAGAAUGCGUGUUCAGUACGUGUUCCGUUUUUUUCUCUCUUUCGAGUACAGAUGUGGUUAGUACGCGUGUAUGUGUAUGCUGGAACACUUGGCUGUAAUAACAUGCUAACAGAUUUCAGUGAAUUUCACGGUUUUAUUGACAUAACAAUCUGGUGGUAACCGUUUCCGAAAGAGAUAACAGUCAUUUGCCGUAGUGGAAUACUUGGGUUCUGUUACUGUCCUGGAGAUACAGGUCUGUACAGAACAUUCAAGAUGGCGUACCACGGACUGAGCCAACACGUGAACUUUGAGGAGUUGCCAGCCCCAGGCGACCGGUUCAUUCUGCAAGACCUGAUAGGGGAGGGGACCUAUGGGGAGGUGUACAGCGCCAGGGACACUGUGACCGGUCACCGAGUGGCUGUAAAAAUCCUGGAGAAUGUGGCAGAUAAUAUUGAAGAGAUCGAAGAGGAAUUCCUGGUUCUGCGUGACCUCAACAUGCAUCCCAACAUCCCCACCUUCCAUGGCCUGUAUUUGCGACGUGGGCAGACACAAGAAGAGGACCAGCUCUGGUUCACCAUGGAACUAUGUACUGGAGGUUCAGUAACAGAUCUGGUUCAAGGAUUGAAACACCGCAAUGAACGUCUCACAGAGGAUCAGAUAGCAUACAUAAUUAGAGAAACAGUAGAGGCUCUUAUAUACCUUCACAGCAAUCAUUGCAUGCACAGAGAUGUCAAAGGGCACAACAUAUUACUGACAGAAGAUGCUCAUGUGAAGCUUGUGGACUUUGGAGUAUCUUCCCACCUUGCUGUUACUCUUGGUCGCAGGAACACUUCUGUUGGAACACCAUACUGGAUGGCUCCUGAGGUGAUAGCAUGUGAGCAGCAGCUGGAUUCAUCAUAUGACUCGCGAUGUGACGUAUGGUCAGUUGGCAUAACUGCCAUUGAACUGGCUGAAGGGGAUCCACCAUUAUCAGAUCUUCAUCCUAUGCGGGCACUCUUCCAGAUACCGCGAAAUCCCCCUCCACAGUUAUCCCAUCCAGAGGACUAUACCCCAGAACUGCUACCGGACUUCAUAUCUGAGUGUCUGGUGAAGGACCUAGAAGAGCGUCCAUUUAUCCGGGAGCUAUUGGAGCACCCGUUCAUGAGGCGCGGUGCUAUUUGUGCAGAUAAGGUUCGCUUGGAGCUGCAGGCAGAAAUCUCAAGACAGAGGGCUGAAGGCAGCUCUCAUCGACAGCCAGAGGUGACUACAAAGCACGGAAAGCUUAAGCCAGAUCGAAAAUCAAAGCCUCAACCCAUGUACAUGGAUGACUUGGCAGCUUUGGAUAUCCUGUCCGAGGAUGGCAUUGUGGAACAAUUACAGCAUCGAUUUGAACAGAAUCAAAUUUAUACCUACAUUGGAGACAUCUUGGUGGCUGUAAACCCUUUCAUUGAUCUGGGAUUAUACACAGAUGUGGCACCAAAUAGGAACCUAGAAGACCGUAUUCUACAAGUGAACCCCAUCAUGGAGGCUUUUGGCAAUGCCAGAACAGGCAUCAAUUGUAACUCCUCUCGGUUUGGGAAGUUCUUGGAUUUGACCAUGACUCGAGCAGGAAAGGUCACUGGUGCCAGAGUGUCAGUUUAUCUCUUGGAGCAGUCCCGAGUGUCACAGCAAGCACAGGGUGAGAGAAAUUUCCAUGUGUUCUACUACCUAUAUGAUGGGCUUGAAUCUGACAGUCGUUUGGCAGAGUUUCACUUGGACCCAGUAUUGAGACUUCGUCACCGUUAUUUGGGAGAAGAUGCACAGGAUCAAGAAACAAAGAAGAUGAAUGUGGAGAGGUACCACCAGCUGAGUGUAGGUUUCCGUCUCCUAGGAUUCCAGAGUGAUGAGGUGGACACAGUAUAUCGUAUCCUGGCAGCCAUUUUGCACCUUGGUGAUCUUGAGUUUGGUGAAGUUGUCACACAGGACAACACUGAUAACAAAAGUCACGUUGUUGACCUUGCUCCUCUGCACAGAGUGUCUCGGCUUCUCGGCGUGGAGCCGAGUGACAUGUUGGAGGCAUUGACUUCAAACAGUGUAGUGACACGUGGUGAGACCAUCACAAGAAACAACACAGUUGCUGAGGCUUGUGCAGCCCGUGAUGCCAUGGCCAAGGGUCUCUAUGGUCGACUCUUUGAUUGGAUGGUUAACCAGAUCAACUGUCUACUCACAUUUAAUAAAGCAGCUUGUGGAGAACCAUUGGCAGUGGGCCUUUUGGACAUCUUUGGUUUUGAAAACUUUCCACGGAAUUCAUUUGAGCAACUGUGCAUCAAUAUUGCUAAUGAACAGAUCCAAUACUACUUCAACCAGCACAUCUUCACUUGGGAGCAGCAGGAAUACAUGGCAGAAGGCAUACCUGUGGAUAUGGUGGAGUUCUCAGACAAUCGCCCUGUUCUGGAUAUGUUGCUGUCACGUCCUAUGGGACUGCUUGCACUGCUGGAUGAAGAGAGUCGCUUUCCUCGUUCUACUGACCGUUCUCUCAUUGAGAAGUUUCACAACAAUGUGAAAAGCAAGUACUAUGUGCGCCCUAAGUCAGAUGCUCCAUGCUUUGCAAUUCACCAUUAUGCUGGACGUGUCGUAUAUCAGGCAGAAAGUUUCAUGGACAAAAACCGCAAUUUUCUUCCACCAGAGGUGAUUCAGUUGCUCAGACAGUCACAUCGGGAUAUGGUUCGGUUUCUCUUCCAAUGUCCUCUUACCAAAACGGGCAAUCUCUACUCACCUAGCCAAGAAUCGCCACCUAGUACCCCUGAAGGCUCUAAGGAACGUUACAGCAGCCGCGGCCUAGCAUCACAGUCGCGGGCACAACAGACAGUUGCCACAUACUUCCGCUAUUCUUUAAUGGACCUGCUUCAGAAGAUGGUCAGUGGGUCUCCCCAGUUUGUGCGCUGUAUCAAGCCCAAUGAUUCACGAGUUCCCAAACUAUUUGACUCCAGUAAGGUGGUGAAGCAGUUACGCUACACAGGAGUAAUGGAGACAAUACGGAUACGACAGAAUGGCUUCUCACAUAGGAUACAAUUUGGGGAGUUUCUGAAAAGAUAUUGUUUUUUGGCCUUUGCGUGGGAUGAGCAUGUUGUGGCAUCACGGGAAAACUGCAGACUGCUGUUGAUAAGACUUAAGAUGGAUGGCUGGGCCCUUGGCAAGACCAAAGUGUUCCUGAAAUACUACCAUGUUGAGUACUUGUCAAAACUGUAUGAGGACCAGGUUCGGAAGAUUGUGCUGGUCCAGGCAUGUGUACGCCGAUGGCUAGCACGUGCAAGGUUUCAGCAGGCAAAGUGGCAAUUGGCAUGCAGUGCAAUGACUGUCCAACGAUAUGUGCGGGGUUGGCUGUCUCGUCGUCGCUACCAGGAACAGCGAAGGGUGGCAGAACAAAAGCGCCAGGAAGAGGAGGCCAGAACAAAGAAAGCUGCUGCAAUUGGAAACAAGGCAGGAGCAGGAGCCUGGUUUAAGGCAAAGAUGUUAGGACGAUUGUCCUCGCAAGAGAUAGGAGGUGAAGGGAAAGAAAACAAUGCUCCUAGGAGGGAUCUAGAUGAGGAAUCAGCAGCUGUUGUCAUUCAGAGCCAUUUCCGUGGUUACACAGUUCGACGCAGAUGGGGACCUGAAUUGGAAGCUCGUGUGAGGAGGGUCCUGGAAACGUGUCACAAUCCUGACACAGCCAGGAGAGCCCUUCAGAGUGAGGGUCUUACACCAGAUGAUGCUGUGUUGGUGAUUCAGCGAUACUAUAGGAACUGGCGUCAUGGAGAAAAGCCAGCUUCACACCAACAACAUCACCGGAAAUCCAGCAAACUGGCGUCAAGUCACCAGCAACAAGCCAAUAAAGCACCAGACAGGCAGGCAGAACUUAUAUCCUUUUCCCAUAAC